CCGCCUCGGCCCUGAAGGGGCUGGAUGGGCGAGUUGGGCGCGAUGGCUCGAUCCUGGGCGGCGGCGGCGGCGGCGGCGGUGGCGGCUGGAGGCGGUGGCGCGUCCUCCUCCUUGCCCCGGCGCCGGCGGUGAUCCGAGCGAGUGGCCGCGGCCCCCGAUGAGACUGCUCGCGGGCUGGCUGUGUCUGAGCCUGGCGUCCGUGUGGCUGGCGCGGAGGAUGUGGACCCUGCGGAGCCCGCUCACCCGCUCCCUGUACGUGAACAUGACGAGCGGCCCCGGCGGGCCGGCGGCGGCCGCCGCGGGCGGCAGGAAGGAGAACCACCAGUGGUAUGCGUGCAACAGAGAGAAAUUAUGCGAAUCACUCCAGGCUGUCUUUGUUCAGAGUUACCUUGAUCAAGGAACACAGAUCUUCUUAAACAACAGCAUUGAGAAAUCGGGCUGGCUAUUUAUCCAAUUAUAUCACUCUUUUGUGUCAUCUGUUUUUAGCCUGUUUAUGUCUAGAACAUCUAUCAAUGGGUUGCUAGGAAGAGGCUCAAUGUUUGUCUUUUCACCAGAUCAGUUUCAGAGACUGCUUAAAAUUAAUCCAGACUGGAAAACGCAUAGACUUCUUGAUUUAGGUGCUGGAGAUGGAGAAGUCACAAAAAUAAUGAGCCCUCAUUUUGAAGAAAUUUAUGCCACUGAGCUGUCUGAAACUAUGAUAUGGCAACUUCAGAAGAAGAAAUACAGAGUGCUUGGUAUAAAUGAAUGGCAGAAUACAGGGUUCCAGUAUGAUGUCAUCAGCUGCUUGAAUUUGCUGGACCGCUGUGAUCAGCCCCUGACUUUGUUAAAAGAUAUCAGAAGUGUCUUGGAGCCAACUCGAGGCAGGGUCAUCCUUGCUCUGGUCUUACCUUUUCAUCCCUAUGUGGAAAACGACCUCUUCUGCAGGUGGUAUUUCCUGCAAAUGCAAAGGAAGAUAUUAAUUAGAUGAGCUAUUUCUGAGGCUCCCAGCAUGUGGAGAGAUGGAAAUUAUUUCCUUAUGAUAAUAUUCAAGGCCAUAGGGACAUCUAAUGCAAGAAAUUUGACUUACUUUGGUGAGGACGAUGAAGAACACGAAUACACCAGUAACGUACAUAGAGAGCAGUGAUAAGAGGGCCGCCAGGAGACUCUGCAGUUCCUUGCUGAGAACCUUUGUCUCUUUGUUAAUUACAGAUACAGAAAGAACCACAGUCACUAUUGAAGCAUAUUAUUGCAAAUAUAUGUAUAAAGUAUAAUCGAAACUACAUGUUAGAGGUGAAACAUGAACUUAUUCUCUUUGGCUAUUCGUAUAAAAAUUUAUUCAGGGUCUCGAUUCAGAAAGUACUCAAGUAUAUGAUAUAGUUAAAGCCAGUUCAUUAGUUCUUUAAAUGUAUUAUGCCCAACAUGUUAUUCAUUUUUAAAACUUAAAAUUUUUAAAAGUUCAAUUAAUUACUUGUCAUAAUGCUAAGAAUCACUUUUUAUAUAAAGUUUUGCUUAAAGUUAGAUAAACAUUAAGGGUUUGUUCAAGGGUGUUUAAAGUUUCUUUUAGUAGAUAUGAUGUACAAGUGUCACCAAGAGUCUGUUUAUGGAGUUAAGAUACUUUCCCACGUGUAUUUAUAACCUUGAACUGUUUAGUACACAUAGCUGAACAAUGCAGUUCUCUAAGAACCUGAGAAGGCCGUACAUUGAGAUUUUAGUGCUUACGGCAUGCUUAAAAGACAGG